AAUGGUGCGUUCGGAAAGGUCGGUGCGGACGGUGCACGGAUGCUUUAUAUAGCCUCGUCCCCGCCCCCGACUGGGAUUGGUCCGCAGUGGUUGAGGGCGGGGCCUGCGGAAGACCUGAACGGAAGUGCAGACCCACGUGGAGAGGAAGUGCGGCGCUGGGGAGCGACAUGGCGGGUGCAGGAGGAAAGAUCAACCGGCCGCGCACGGAGCUGAAGAGGAAGCUGUUCAAGCGCCGGCGGGUGCUGGGCCGGUCGCGGCGGCGCAGGGUGGUCGGCGCCGUGGUGGACGCAGGGUUGACCACACGGCACCACCUGCGGAAGCGCGCGUCCAGCUCCCGGGCCAACAUCACCUUGUCCGGGAAGAAGCGCAGGAAGCUCCUGCAGCAGAUCCGGCUGGCCCAGAAAGAGAAGGCAGCCAUGGAAGUGGAAACAUCCUCAAAGCCAGCCAGGACUAGUGAGCCACAGCCCAAGCGACAGAAGAAGAUGAAAGUUUACCGGGAUGUUGACAUGGAGGACUUGGAAGAUGAGAGCUAAUUUUUACUUCUUCCACCAGAACAUUUUCACCUGCCGUUGGAAGUUUUGGUGAUUGUCUCAGAGGACUUUGGAGAGAGCAUUCCCUCCUUCAUUCUCCCCAGAUUCUCUGUAAUGGCUGUCAGACCUCACUUGGAGGGGGGGUGUAUUGGAAAAGGGCACAAAAGCAAGACUGCAGAGAGACCUCUGGAGCACUCAGCUACAUUUGUAAUAAAGCCUAAGAGCCAGCACAUCUGUCAUCCUAGUACUUGGGAGGCUGAGGCAAAAGGAUCGCUGUGAAUUCAAGGCCAACCUGCACUAUUGAGUGAGUUCAAGACCAGUUCGAACUACAUUAGGGAGAUCCUGUUUAAUAAAUAAAUAAAAUAAACCCAAGA